AAACAAAGGAUAGAGCCGAAAAAAGAAGACAAACGCAAAUAUUUUUGUUCACGAAAUAGAAGCUGAGCUCCAUUGGACAAUUGCUCUCUCUCUCUCUCUGGAAAAGCUUCUACAUGGCAAGAUCACAUGCUUUACCCUAGGGUUUCUGUUUCCACGCUCUGUUCAUCAUUCACUAUAAUUUCAUGUGAUCAAUGCAUGGAGGUGUUAGCAAGUUCAAUCAAAGUAGCUGGUGUAAAUAUGUUUCCAGUGGCAUUUGAUCCCUCCACAAGAGCAAUAUUGGAUAUUUAAAGCCUAAAUCAAUUCAAUAUUGGAUAGUUUUUGAGUGGAGAAAUUUUCAAUAUAUUCUGAGAUAGCAGAAUAAACCACUGGCUAGUUCAAGGAUGGGAGAGGAUGUGUCACCUUAUGUGUUAAGUUUCAGCAGAUACACUAGUGUCCAAUGUGCUUCACGAACAAGCAUUGAAGAAAAUCAAUGCAAUAUAACUUGUAGCCUUGAUUUACUUUUUAAGAGGGCUAUUAUUUAGUGUUUGGAGACCUUAUGAGAUGCUUUGAAUCCUGCAAGUGUUGUAAAUAUGUUCUGCAAGUUCCAGGACAGAUAGAUUUUUCAUGGUUUUUGGAGAAUAUGCAUAGGCUAUGGAGUGUUGCCACCACAAGAGGAGGAGAACAAGAAUUCGUAAAUAUGCUAGAACAGGAGAGCACACUGCAUUGUUCAAAGAGAAGCAUUACGGCUUUGGCAAGUGAGAUGAGUGGAAGUGGCAGAAAGCGCUCUUCAAAGUGGGAUUUGAGAGAUGAGCCUGAAUAUGCACCUGAUAGUAAUGCACCUGAUAGUAAGCAAUUGCGAUCUCGAUGGUCCUCUGCAGAUGUUGCUGGUAGCAAUAGUUCGAAGUGGUCUUAUUUGGAAGGAAAUGAUAAAUUAAAACCUGGUAUGGGAUUUUCUCCUAAGGAACCUUUUUCUGGAGGCAGAGGUUCAAAUAAGGAUGAUAUUAUGAACAAAGACUAUAGAGUUCUGGAUGCAACAUUGGAAUGGGACGAGGAUGGAAGUUAUGACAGGAAAAUGUCACCGGGGUUUGAGGAAUGGAAACAUAACAGACAUAGUCAAUCCCCCCAAAAUGGUUGGAGUAGGUCAGUCAGGAGUAGUCGGAGCCAGAGCCCUCCCCAUGGACUUAGGUUUGAUGCAGGAGUCAAUGACAGAAAUAGAAUGAGGUCUGGAGGAUCGACACUUCCAUGUAGAGAUUUUGCUGCUGGUAAAUGCAGAAGAGGCAGCCAAUGCCAUUUUCUUCAUCAUGAUAAUCGAAAUCAUGAGGAUAGUUGGGAAAGUAAGCACAGGGAAGGUGGAGCUCCCAGAUAUUCUACUCCCCACGAGAGUCGGGAUCUUUCUCUUAAGAGUGGUAGAUCUAGUGAGGCUUGUAUUGAUUUUGCAAAAGGCAGGUGUAGAAUGGGAGCAUCGUGCAAGUAUGUGCAUCAUAACAAUUCUGAUGGAUAUGGCAAAAUAUCUGUGGAUGAAUUUACUAGAGAAAGGGAAAUUGAUAGAAGGCGCAGAGAUAGUUCUUUUGAGCAGGGUGGUGGGCAUUGGCCAAAACGCAGUGGUGAUACUCCUUGCAAAUUUUUUGCUUAUGGAAAUUGUCGUAACGGUAAAAAUUGUAGGUUUUCUCAUGAUAGGCAAGCAUCUAGGAGCCCUAAUAGAAGAGUAAGGGAUGUUAGGUUGGCGAGCAACCCAGUUGGAGAUCAUCAGAUGUUGGAUAGAUCAAAUUUGAGCAAUUCAGUUAGUCCCAAUCGAAGGCUAAGAGAUGAUAGAUGGGGUUUAGAUGGCAAUAUGGUUGAUGCAGAUAAAGUUUGCGACAGUCCAAAGCGGAAUGACACAGUUGCUGUCUCUGAUACAGCAAAGCUGGUUGAGGACAAAAGUGGAAGUAUGGGUGCCACAGAGCCAGGAUUCACUGCCUGGCCUGUGAAGGAUGGAUGGGGUUGUAGUUUAGAUAAGAGCAGAGUGCACGGUGAACCACCAUUUUUGAGUGAUAAGAAGGAAGCUGACUGUUGGAUAGCAGAAAAUACUGGUGCCAAGAUGCAUGGUUCCCAGUCAAUAGGUACAGACAUUUGGUCAGGUGAUGCUAAAAUGUCUCCUGAUUGGAAUUAUAGGGUGGGAUCCUCCAACCAUAUUGAAGAAGAGCAUGGACAGAAUAAGCAUGGGAUAACCCAGGGUGCUACUUAUUUAGCUGCCUCCGAACAUGACAGAAUACAAGUCCUUCCAGGACAAGGAUUUAAUCAGAAUGCACAGAUUGCAAAUCCUUUGCAUUCUUCACUUGCAGUUGGACAGAGUCAAAUGGCAGUUCCCAUUCUUCCUUCAAGAGGAGGAAUUGUUGAUGGUAUGCAGAACCAAGAAGUGUCUACUGAGAAAAAGUACACCGUUGAACCAAAUAUUAUGGAUGCAGGCAUAUCACAAGUUAGUUCAAGAAAUCCUCCAAUUCAGAAUGUGGUAAACAAAGAACAGCUUGCUCAACUUACUGAUCUCUCAGCCUCUCUGGCUCAUAUCCUCGGAGCAGGUCAGCAGCUGCCACAACUUUAUGCUGCUUUAAAUUCUCAUGAUGCAAAGGACACUCCUUCCCUAGCAAAAACUGAAGUGCCUGCUAUGCCUGUUUACAAUACAAUUGUCAAGCCAGAUCCUGCUGUUGGAUUCUCGAAGCAGUAUGAUCCAAUGUGUGAUGGUAUGGAACCAAAUAUUGCUGAUGCAAAUGGGGUUCCCCCAGGCAUUCCUCCAAGUAAAAAAAUUGCAGAAGAUGAAGUAGAAAUUUCAUCACGGUUGUCUAACACUGGGAGACAAAUUUGUGGUGAUUCUAUUAAGGCUUCAUACUCAGAGGAACUUGUCAAGAAUGUUCAUCCAAUCCAGUUGCUGCCAGGUCAAAACACUGAGGUUACUAAGGAUAACAAGGAAGUGGUAGCUGAGGAAAGGCAAAAUUCUCAAGAAUAUCAUAAAAAUACAAAAGAGAAUGGUCCUUUGGAAAACAUGGAGCAAAAUGGUGAACCUGAUGAGGCCAAGAAAACAAAGGAUAUGAAGGGGGUUCGUACAUUUAAAUUUGCUUUGGUAGAGUUUGUUAAGGAGCUUCUGAAACCAACAUGGAAAGAAGGUCAAAUCACCAAAGAAGAUUAUAAAACAAUUGUGAAGAAAGUUGUUGAUAAAGUAACUGGUACCAUGCAGGGUGCCCAUAUUCCUCAGACACAAGAGAAAAUCGACCACUAUUUGUCAUUUUCAAAACCAAAGCUUAACAAACUUGUACAGGCAUAUGUGGAAAAGGUUCAGAAGGCUUAGUGGAAUUAUAGAAAUUUGGCUACCAAAUCUAUCUUUUGUAUUCUGCGUGGCGUCAUUGUCUUCAAUGUGUACUAUGCUUACUUAUCUCUGAAUUUUUUGUGUUUAAUUGUCUUGGCCCUUUGUGUGUGUACUUCAGUUGCUGUAGAAUCCAGUAGCCUUUGCAGCUCCUGUGCAUACAAUUUCGGAGCAUUUAUUUGUUUUUUCUUCGUUUCUUUGGAGAAAAAUUAUUGGGUCUUAGAAUGUCAUUGACAACAGUUUGCAACUCCAUUGUUAGACAGUUGUUAUGUGGGAUUCAUUUUAUAUUACCAGCAAGGUUAAUUCAUAGGUCUAAAAAAAAUUUCCUGGCAGUUUGUG